ACUUCGUGCAACAAGAACUCCACACAACCUUUACUCAAAAGAUUAGCAGAAGAGAUACGUAAGAAGCUAGAAUUCCGAAAAAUGGCGAUGAUGUUCAAUGGAAGCGGAAGCUUAUUCCUCAAGCUCUCUCAUCCACUCCGUUCCCCUUCAUUGCGCAAGCCCAACCAUAUAUUGUUCCCUCUCAAAUCUACGCAGAACUUCUGCAAGGCAUCAUAUGGGGAGAACGAGAGGGACAGACAGAUCCGGCAGAAGCCAGCUGAGGCUGCUGAUCGAGUUAGCGAUGUGCUGAAGGAAGGAUCAGAGAGCGCCAAAGAGAAGGCGCAGAGUGUAAAAGAGAAAGCAGAGGAUAAUGCUAAAUCUGCAGCAGAUUGGGCCAAGGAUACAACCAACAGUGCCACCGAGCGAGCCAAAAAUAUAGGAGAUAGUGCAAAAGAGUCUUUGGAGUCUGCCAAGGACAAGACGAAGGAAUCUGCGGAGACGACGCAGGAGAAAACGAAGGAGGGGUUGGGUAAGGCUUCAGAGUUUAGUGAUGGCGUGACAGAGAAGGCGAAGGAGGCUGUGAAGGGAGUGGUGGGGGCUGCAAAUGAUGCGGCGCAGAAGAUAAAGGAGACGGUGGUGGGGAAGGAUGAGGAUGAUGUUGCUCGUGGGAAGUGGUGAUUGAUGUGACACAUGUUAAUUUGGUUUGGAUUCAGAGGACAGGAAGAUCGGAGCAGAGGAAAAUUGGAAAAGUUGGAUGGAUUAGUUUCUGUUUAUUUUGCUUUCUUUGUCUGUUUAGAGUUGGGAUGUUGUAUACUUUGCAGGUUUCUUGUGGUUUUAAUUUGGUUAGAAUGGAUGGAUAGAUGAAAGGAAAAUGAGAUUAUCUGUUCUACUGUUGAGCAAUA